GAGCAUAAGAGGAGCCUUGUCUUGCACGUCUCCCAUCAUUCUCCCCCACCGCGCCCCUCCAUGCUCGGCUCCUGCAGAGCAUAAAUCCCGGUCGCAGACCUCUCCUCGUGCCCACCCGACCACGACGCUCGGAUUCUUCCGUCGUUGAGUCACCUAGCAAACACGUACGUGCAAAUGGACGGCCUCCUCGCUCCCCUCCAUAUCUAACAGCUCCACGGGCUUUUGCUCUGAGCUGCUUAUGGAUGAACCAGGUUGCUCUCGGUCGAUCUCCGGCCUCCUCUGCCAGGAAGACGCGACCGGCAUAGACUUGGAUUUGGACUCUCCCACCGAUGACAGCCAACUGUCUCAAGCGUUCCUGGUUCUCAAAGCCACCGAUCUCUGUGAGGAGGAGUACGUAGAGAAGCUGGUCUCGAAAGAGAACAGCUUCGAGAGGCAAAACAGUGAGUUCUGCUUGGUUCCGGCGACGGAGAGCUGGCUCAAGCGUGCCCGCUCCGACGCCAUCAUAUGGAUCUUAAAGGCGAGUCCUCAUCUCAAUGCUCUGAUCCUUGUAUAAACGUCUCAUCGAUCUGUAUGUGUGUGUUCGUCAGACCAGGGCCCGUUUCGGCUUCGGAUUCCGGACUGCGUUCCUCGCGGCGACUUAUUUCGAUCGCUUCUUUGCACGGCGAAGAAUCGAUAACGAGAAGCCAUGGGCGCUGAGAUUGUUGUCGAUGGCUUGUUUGUCGGUGGCGGCGAAGAUGGAGGAGUACAGAGCGCCACUGCUUUCGGAGCUUCAGAUCCAGGGGUACGCAUUCGACAGCAAUGUUGUGCAGAGGAUGGAGCUCCUCCUCCUCGAUACUCUGCAAUGGAGGAUGGAUUGCGUCACGCCAUUCGAGUACCUGAGUUAUUUCAGAUGCAAGUUCCGGUGCGAUGCUGAUGAUCCAGAGGAGUCACUGCGCAAGGUCACUGCACUCAUCUUUGCAGCUGUCGAUGCGAUCAAUUUAGCCAGCUACUGCUCCUUCACCGUAGCAGCAGCUGCCAUUUUAGCUGCAUCCAGCAGCAUGUAUACAAAAGAGUCAAUGGAGACAAAGAUGAGUGCCAUACCACUGUUUGGAUCCUCUUCAGAAAAGGAACAUGUGUUUUCCUGCUACAAUAUUAUGACCCAGGAUCCACCCAAGAACAUGAGAUCACCCAAGAGAUUGGCUUCUCCGGGAGCAUCAGAGAGUUGUUCCAGCAUCACUGGUGUCAUCGACGGUGCCUCCUUCGGCUUGCCAAGAAAUAAGAGGAGAAGUUCGAUCAUCGAUUGUCUGAGUGCUUGUUUUGCUUCGUUAUGGCCAAUUGAGAUGUGAGGUGUUUCCAAAUUGCAUAGUGCGACAGCUUUGGACCAAAGUGAAACGACUGUUUGCUUCGUGUAUCAUGUUGAUUUGUGAGCUGCUGUUGCAGCCAGGCUGAUGAGGUAGAGGUGGAUUUGGUCUCCGGUGGGGGGCUUUUUUGCCUGGUCCUUCGAAAAGACCGUGGAGCAGCGAGAGUGGCGUGACAUGGUACACCUCGUGGUAUAUGAUGCUGGAUCAAAUACUGUGAAGUGGAUGGAUUUGUUUUGGCUUGGUGGAGUGAGAUAUAAUUCCCAGUGAUGGGGAUUGUACUUGUGGUGGUGUCAUGUCAUGUGAAUAAAACCAAGCAACGUAUACUCUUGUCAGAAUCCAAAUGUAUCUUUGCCCCCCCCCCCCCAUGACCUACAGUAAAAUGUAUCACGUCAAAAGCAGUUUUUGAGGUUGGAUGGAUAGAUGGAUUGGUUACUGGAUGGCUUCAUUGACAAGAGAUCAUUUAGCUUGCAAGGAGGCUAAGGCUAUAGGGGCUAACAACAUCCCUUGAAAAUGAAUCUACUCCCUGCAUCUUCUUUUUGACUAUUUGGCUCAAAUGUAGCAUUCUCUAUGUGGUAUCACUGUCAAAAGAGAUGGGAGUUUCCUUUCCGGUGACCUCAUCAUCCAUUGCUUGCUAGGCUUGAGUUGCAGUGGAAGUCUACAAAGGUCUUUGUCAUCCAUGCCGAACACAGGCCAUCCAUCGUCCAUUAUGAAAAGGGUGCUGUCAAGUCUGCUUCCCUCACCCUUUGCUCCUCCGUCUGAUGGCUGUGACAGAAUGAACCAGAUGCUGACCUCAAGGAUCCUUCAGCCACAUUGGUCACCAUGCGGUCAAAUGCAGAGCCUGGAGACAAGGUUUGGUAAACCUGUUGGUUCAAAGGAGUACCACCUAGAACGGAGUGGCCGGACGGAAUGGAUUACAAAAGGAAAUGAUGGCAGCGGGGAUUUAUGCAUGAGACCUGCUCGACUGGUGGCCUGACCGAAGGAUCCCUUGCGACAGAAGCAGUGUAGCGUAUUAGAAAAAGAGUCCAGGGGGGGCUGCCUGCCAAGCCCAAGGGACUGACUGACUGGGUCAAACAAACAUUUGUUUACAUCCUUUGGUGAAUGAUGAACUGUCUUGCAGUGAGCUCACUCACGAAAGCAGGAGGAGGUAAAAGAUGCGUGUGUGACUGAGAUGCCAUGUUUCAUUGGGUGCUACUCCUUGGGUUGCUGCACAGUGAGAAUAGCAUUAGUUCAGCAUGAUGUUUCUUUUCUUCUGGGGGCCAUCAAUGGAGAUCAGCAUGCCCCAUCGCCAUGUUUGACUGAACCUUUUUUGUGUUCUUCGUUCCGAAUGCAGAUACCUUGACAAAUUUUUUUGUCAUCCAA